AUGAAGGUUACGCAGAUUGUUCUCCUUUCCGCCCUGCUGGCCAUUGUGCUUGCGGGCGGCUGUGCCGGGGUCGCCAACGCCCAGAGCCUCGACUUACCCGCGGAGGAUGAGAAGGAGAAGGGGGUGCUGGCUGCUGAUGGGAAAGAGAGCGCCCCUGCCCCGCCUCCGAAGCCUCACGGAAACUCGUCUUCGAAGCAUCACGGAAACUCGUCUUCGAAGCACCACGGAAACUCGUCUUCGAAGCAUCACGGAAACUCGUCUUCGAAGCACCACGGAAACUCGUCUUCGAAGCACCACGGAAACUCGUCUUCGAAGCACCACGGAAACUCGUCUUCGAAGCACCACGGAAGCUCGUCUUCGAAGCAUCAUCCCGAUGGGACGUGA